UGCCUUCCCGCUGCAGACCCCACCUGGCAGGUAGACGCGCCGCGUCGCUCAGAGCAGAGCAGAGCGCACACAGCGACCUGAAAGCAGGCGGCGCCAUGCAGUCUCCGGUCAGGGAUUCUCCGGUCAGACCGGGCUUCCACAGGAUGGAGGUCCAGAAGACCAUCUGGGACGUCCCGGAUAGAUACACAGCGCUGCGGGCGGUCGGCUCCGGAGCCUACGGGACAGUGUGCUCCGCCAUGGACCAGAAGACCAAAGAGCAGGUGGCCAUCAAGAAGCUGUAUCGGCCUUUCCAGUCCCUCAUCCACGCGAAGCGGGCCUACAGGGAGCUCAGGCUGCUCCGCCACAUUCAGCAUGACAACGUAAUCUCCCUCCUUGAUGUCUUUACACCUGACUCCGCUCUGGAGAAAUUCCAAACUUUUUAUAUGGUGAUGCCCUUUGUUGCUCAAGAUCUGGGGCGCAUUAUGAAGAAGAAGAGAUUAUCCGAUCGCAUCAUCACAUAUCUGUUUUAUCAACUUCUAAGAGGCCUUAAAUACAUCCACUCUGCUGGGAUCAUCCAUCGGGAUUUGAAGCCAGGCAAUCUUGCUGUGAAUGAGAACUGUGAAUUAAAGAUUCUGGAUUUUGGUCUGGCGAGGCAAACGGAGAGUGAAAUGACAGGUUACGUUGUCACACGCUGGUACAGAGCACCUGAGGUCAUUUUCAACUGGAUGCACUACAGUCAGACGGUGGAUAUCUGGGCGGCCGCCUGCAUCCUGGCUGAAAUGCUUACCGGCACGGUGCUUUUCCAAGGACACGACAGUAUCAAUCAGCUGAAUAAGAUCCUCCACCUGACAGGAACCCCAGACUCCUCCAUGGUGAAGAAGAUGCAGAGUAAAGAUGCCCAGUCAUAUGUGCAAGGUCUCCCUUCACAAAAGAAGAAGAAUUUUAAAGAAAUGUUUCCAACAAUGAAUGAGAAAGCUGUGAGCCUUCUGGAGGGAAUGUUGCUGCUGGAUCCAGAGAAGAGGCUCACAGCCAAGCAGGGACUGGCCCAUCCAUUUCUGACUGAAUACCACGACCCAGACUCAGAACCCGACUCAGAACCUUACGACGACUCCUUCGAGAGCCUUGAGCUCGACGUGGCAGAAUGGAAGAGUCUUAUCCACAUGGAGAUCAUGACUUUUGAUCCCAAAAAUCCAGGCAAGACAGCCAUGUAGGACCUGUCUGUUUGAGGUGGAGAGGUUAAGGACAUCUGGGGGAAAAAAGCAAUAUGAAUUGCUUGAACAGUGUUUUUACUGUAACUUGUGCAUUUUUUAUUGGAAAAUACUUAGUAAAGGGCAGCUUACCUGGAUAUGUCUGUCUGUACAGUCAUGGUCAAAGAGUUUGACUGCCAGAUGUUGUUUCAAAGCCUUUAUUUAGCAGUUUGUUAGAUUUGUGUUUGAAACCAGAUAUUUACAUAUACCCUGUAAAAAUGCAUAACCUUUUUUUCCUUACUGUCUGACAUUAAAUUAGACUAUACAAUU